AUGUUGUAUCUGAAAACGUAUCUUGCAGAUGAAGCAAAGAAGGCGGUAGAGGGGUAUUUCUUUCGUAACUCUGAUCAGGCAUAUCAGGGUAUUUGGGAUGUACUAGAAGAAAGUGACGAGUCCCACGGCAUAGUUAAGUGUCCCAACUUUGCAGCAAAGGCAAGUGAUGAAAAGACAACAUUCAUUCGAGAAAAUCAUCUUUGCUUCGGAUGUCUCAGAAAGGGCCAUGUCACCAAAGAAUGCAAAGUGCGCCACUCUUGUGAGAUGCGCAACUACUUGAGAUUCCUCUGCGGUAUGGACUGCUUCGGCCCGUUUGUCACAAAGCAAGGCCGCAAAGAGCACAAAAGUCACGCAGGAGGCGUUUGGGAGCGCCAGAUCCGAACAAUCCGAAAUGUUCUCAAUGCUUCCAUCUCUCAGCAUGUCUACGGCUACCACCCCCGCCAAAGGGUCGGAUCCGAAGCCGAAGGAGGCUGCAUCCCGCUCAUGUCCCGCGUCAUGCGGGUCUGCCAUCUCAGGCAGGGACCCUCACCCUAUGUGCAUAACUUGCAUGGGCGCUAA